UUUAAAUACUUCAAAUAUGUUUAUUCUUCACGUAGAAACGCGCUUUCCGUUUUGAAUCCAUAUUGACAUUGGCUAUGUUCUAGGGCAAGCAUUCGUUACUUGUUUCUAUCAACCGUUUAGUCAAAACUGAAGAAGCAUUACGAAAGUCGAAUUAGUAAAGAAGAAAAGAGAGUAGUUUUCUCAAAAAUGAACAAUGUCUGCGCUGUUUACCAAAGAUGAUGGAUCUUCUAUGAUAAUUGCUGUAUCAAGAUUAUUGGAAGCUACACCUGGAUUCCAAUCAAGCAUGGAGGCUCAUAGUGCGAAAAUAUUGUUCAUAGAUUUGAGGGAGUUUGAUUUACUUAAACACGACUUGUAUAUUGUCCCUGAAGAAACCAAAAAAGCCCUCAUUCAUCGGGAGUUAAAUCGCGUUAUGAAUCUUAAAUAUGCUAUUUUACAACGAAUUGUGAAAGUAUCUUGGCUUUCCAAGUGCAUUGAACAACAAGAGCUGUUGCAGGUUGAUGCAUUUCGAGUUUUCACUUGUCUGGAGCCCCAGUAUAUUGAGCAGCCACCACAAAGAAGAGAAUUUUUUAGUCUUGAAGAUGAAAAGAUAUUAGUGGAAUAUGUUCAUAAAGCUAAUGUUCCCAAUUCGGGCGUGAAUAUGUAUAAAGAGUUAGCUCGCAAGUAUCCCCAACAUACCGCAGAGUCCUGGCGAGAGCACUAUAAAAUAAUUAAGAAAGUACUUCCUCCUAUUGAAGAUGGUAACCUCACGAAUUCUCAAAGCCGAACUGUUAGAAUUGUUCCUUCUCAAUCGAUAAAAAAAGCUGAAAAUGGUCUUCCUCAUAGGGAAAUAAAAAGCACUCCUACGGAUGCAUCACAUGUUCACCAAUAUCCUCUUCCUGUACGACAUCGUGAUUCUUCUUCAAAAAAAAGACCACACCAUCCGCUAGAAGGUUUAACAACAUCUUCUUCAAAGAAACGUUUAUCUUCUUCUCUAAGUUAUACUAAAACUGAUUUAAAACUCUUGGAGUAUUACCUUUUUUCUUAUGGUGAGGAAAAGAGCUUAGACAGAAUUUGUUGGAUCCUAAAUGAAAGUUAUUCCAAUUUACAUACUUUCUCUGAUUGGAAAUUACUUUACAAAUACUUUUACCCACACCUGAAUUUUGACAGCCCAACUCCUGCAUUGGCUCAUCUAGAAACAAAAGCGCAAGAUGACAUUUUAGAGAAUCUAGAUGUUGAUGACCAAAUGAUAGAAAAAAAGUUUCUUGAUCAUGCUUCUUUCACUUCGGAUGCAGCUUCAAUUCAAGAAGCUAUUUCUCCGCAGUCUUUAAAAAAGCCAACAUGGACCAACUUCCAAAAUCUGAGAGCAAGGAUGAUCGAUCAAUCUACUAAUAACUUUGGUGAUUUUUCUGGAAUUUUAAAGUCCUCUUCCAUACCCAUUUCUGUUCAAGAAUCUCCUUCCAGGAUAUUGGAAACACCCUCAAAAAAUAAUCUUCCGUCCUUUCCAAAGUCAUAUGGUAAGCUUUUUAGCGAAGAAAAUGUUAUACCUCCAAUAUAUAUGAAAGCAAAAUCCUCAAAUACUGUGUCAUCAGCUGAAUUAUCAAGUAGUUUGAAAGAAGGGAAUGUUUUCGUUCAACCAAAUGAAGAUUUGACAAUCCCCCCUUUGGAUAUUAAUAGUGACUCAGAAAGCAUCCAAAAUUUCAAUUCUGAGCUAGAUGAUGACGCUGAAUUUGAAAAGCAAAUUACAACUACCUACAGCUCUUCUCCUAUUAAAGCUGAAAUACAAAAAGCCGACAACCGCAGUGAAACAAACCGUGAAGCAUUCUCAGGUAGUUCACCUGAUACUUCGGAUUCACGUUCGUUCAUUGACCGAUCUAGUAGUCCUCCUGAAAGUCCCACAGCAGGUAGUCAUGAUCAUGGGAUCUCAAAUAACCUCUUAAUAGCCCGCAAUAUUCUUAAAAAUUUUGAUUAUACGACCGAGAACCACCAAAAGACUCCGGAAGUUAAUAAACAUGUAACAAUUGAUGCUACCCCUUCUAAUGAAAAAGGGGAUUCUUUCUUCUCUUCACUGAGGAAUACGAGUCUUUUCAGUGCAGAAUCGACAAAUGUAUCACCUACGAGAACUUCACCUCUUCGGCAUGAAAAUAAAUCUUUUUCAGAUGUUUUACGAGAAUUACAUGAUUAUUUGGUAACGAUAGAAUCUUCUUCAAACAAACAAGAGAUUGAUGAUGCUAUAGACAUGAUAUUACAAUACACGCAAUCAAGCGAACAGCAAUUUCUGGACGUGCUUGAAUCAACCGAAGGCAAUAUAAGUGCAGCUAUUGCUAGAUUAUUAAUAUGGUCUUAAUUUUGCAAUUUAUGAAAAGUUCUAUUCUGGUUGGUAUGUUUAUUUAUUGUCAUAUCCGUUUAUAAUGAUGCCUAUAUGGAUAAAGACUGGUUCUAAUACGUAUAAAUAAAAUCUUUUCAUUUUCACUAUAUAUGCUUUUCGUAGAAGACUCAAUUAUAAGUGUCAUACGCAAAAGCCUUUAUUAAAUUUCUGGCGAUUGAAAACUCUGGGGGGAAACGGAUUGGAGCAGGCUGAGAUUCUGAACUCCAUUCUAGCGAAUUUAAAAGUUCCGAUCUCGUAAAAAAACGCACAUUUUCUAGUUCCAAAUCUUUGUCCAUAGAUAUCUUAGCAUCCUUCUUGGCGAUCGCAAAGCAGCCCAACAUCAAGCUUUGAGGGAAAGGCCAAGGUUGACUAGUAUAAUACAAAACUUUUUCAACUUCAAGGCCCGACUCUUCAUAAACCUCGCGACUAACGGCUUCCUCAAUGCUUUCACCGGGUUCCAAAAAUCCUGCCAAACAAGCGUAUAAUCCUGGAGGAUGUCUUGCAGCUCUGCCGAGAGCAAUAGAUUUCAUAUCAUGUGAGAGAACACCCAUAAUAACACAUGGAUCAGUUCGAGGAAACUGAUAAUUGUUAACACCCUGUUUCGAUGGACAGUUAGAUGUAGGGUCCAUGAUAGCCUUUGAACACACUAAUUUUGUGCCGCCCUGAGUAGGCAUGUUCCUUGAACCACAUCCUGGACAAAAUUUGUAUCUCGAAAUCCAGUCUAGGAGAGAUCGAGCAAAGGCACAAACACCGGAGUCGGAGGCUUGUAAUUUGUAACCCUGCGAAAAAAUAUCACGAAGAUUUACAAAAACAGCACCGCUAUCCUGAACAAGUUUUUGAAGCUCUUCAAUUUCAGUAACGUCUAGAGCGAAAACGUUAUUGUGCUCCCAUUCUUGACCAGCGUUGCCAUUUUCGUCAUUACCUAAAAAGACUAACGAAGGUAAAGAAAAGGCAUGAUUGCUAUACUUUUCAGCUAACUGCUUGUCUGAAAUCUCAAAGGGAGAAACAUGAAAGUACUUGGAAAUCUGAGGAUAAGACAAGGUAAAAAGCUUUUCUUCCUUGACAUUCAAAGCAGGAUUUAGAUCGCUAAAAGGAAGGAAUUUAGUGGUGGGGGAACAAAAGGCUUUUUGCAAAAAUUCUCUAUUCGAACGAAGAAAAGCUAAACGAUUCAAGUGAUUUCCUGCAAAGAAUUGAGUAGGAGCCGAUGGCAGUCUGUUGAUGGAAACGUUGGUUAGUAAACGAAAAC